UGUCAGAAUACGACACGAACGAAAUUGACUGACCCGAUAGGUAGAAGACGACCAAAAGAUAGAAUCUGAUGACGGGACACGGAAUUCCCUGAAAUUACAGGCCAAAAAAAUUGGCAAAUUUGUCUUCUUCAGUUAAGCUUUUGAAUAGUUUGUAGUUGAAGUAAAUCUUAAGGGAAAUAACGCACAGUUUUGGGGUCAGUCCAGGGCUAGGUGGGGUUUGAUUCGUGAAAGUCGUGUGAAAAAGUAGUUCCAGCUUACGGUUUUAUAUCACAGUCACUAUGAAAUUCGGAGUGUGGAGUACGGUUCUUUUAUAUUUGGUGUUGGCAUUCCUUCUGGAGGAAGCCUCCGCUGGUAGGGAUUUCUACAAAAUCCUAGGCGUACGGAAAACUGCCAACAAGAAUGAAAUUAAGAAAGCUUACAGAAAAUUAGCGAAAGAGCUACAUCCGGACAAAAACAAAGACGAUCCGAAUGCUUCGGAGAAGUUCCAAGAUCUAGGGGCGGCCUACGAGGUCCUAUCGGACGAAGACAAACGCAAACUGUACGACCGAUGCGGGGAGGAAUGCGUCAAGAAGGAAGGCAUGAUGGACGGAGGCAUGGAUCCGUUUGCUCAGUUCUUCGGAGAUUUCGGAUUCGGUUUCGGUGGCCAGGAACAACGGGAAACACCGAAGGGUGCCAACAUCGUGAUGGACCUGUACGUCAGCAUGGAAGAGCUGUACAAUGGAAACUUUGUGGAAAUUACACGGAAUAAACCGGUCAUGAAACCGGCCAGCGGCACUCGAAAAUGUAACUGCCGGCAGGAGAUGGUCACGAGGAAUUUGGGCCCCGGUCGGUUCCAGAUGAUGCAGCAAACCAUUUGCGAUGAAUGUCCGAAUGUGAAACUGGUCAAUGAGGAACGUACGAUCGAGAUUGAGAUUGAGCAGGGCAUGGAAGACGGUCAGGAAACGCGAUUCAGCGGCGAAGGUGAACCUCACAUUGAUGGAGAACCCGGGGAUCUGAUCAUGAAAAUUAAAACCAUCCCGCAUCAGCGAUUCGAACGACGAGGUGAUGAUUUGUAUACUAAUGUCACCAUAAGCCUUCAGGAUGCCCUGGUAGGGUUCACGAUGGAUAUCGACCAUCUGGAUGGCCAUAAAGUUAGCAUUGUUCGGGAAAAGAUCACCUGGCCGGGGGCGAGAAUCCGCAAGAACGGUGAAGGUAUGCCCAACUACGAGAACAACAACCUUCGAGGCACCAUGUACAUCACCUUUGAUGUGGAGUUCCCCAAAACGCAACUGAGUGACACGGAAAAAGAAGACAUUAAAAAUCUUCUCAACCAAUCAUCGAUCAAUCGAGUCUACAAUGGGCUGCGGUUUUCGUAAAACAAAAGACUUUAGGAUCAACCUUAAAUAAAUAUCGAUCUAGAGAAAAACAAAUAAAAAGUGUUUUCGAGUCUAAGUUCGUUUAGACUUCGAAACAGGUCUUUAUUUUCUGUAGGGAUACAUUUGUGACGCUUGCUAUUAAUUUAUUUACUACCUGUUUUUUUUCUCAGUAAGGAAAAAGAUCCAACACUAAAAUAGUUUGUUCACCUUAGAUUAUUCGUUUUCUGAUUUCUUGUCUCGUUUUAUGUGUAAACGAAUUGGUAGUUGAACAGAGAAUUUUGCUAUUUAUCUUACAAACUAUGUUUUGUAAAUAUGUGCUUUAGGAUAAUUAAUUAAAUACAACUCAAUGGUAAAAGUCGA